UAUAUUAUAUAUAUGUCUGGAGUGAGUGAGCUGCCCCCACAUUCAUAACCAGAUUCGUGAUCGAAUUUAUUCUUCUAGCUCUAGCAUUAGGGUUCUUCCUCUGUUUCUCUCCAAAACCAUGUCCCUCGCCGAUCACCAAACGGCCGUUGUAAGAAUGAAGAAUGAGGAAGGGGAUCAAGAGCAAGAUGAUCUUGCACCAUCUGGGACAUUCACUUGGAGAAUCGAAAACUUCUCUAACUUAAAGAUCGGCAAGUAUGUUUCUAACAUUUUCACCAUUGGAGGCAUCAAAUGGCAGCUCUCUAUGUAUCUGACUGGCAAUGAUAAGAGUCUGGGAAAGCACUUGUCUUUGUAUUUGGGGGUUGCAAAUGCUCAUGAUUUGCCACCAGGGUGGACUCUAUUUGCACACUUCAGAUUGACUGUGGUUAAUCAACUUGACAUUAACAAGUCAGUCACAAAGCCUACAAAGGGCAUUCAAAGAGAAUUUGAUGCAGACAAGACUGACUGGGGGUUCAAAGCUUUCAUGCCCCUCAGUGAACUAUAUGAAUGCAGUGCAGGUUAUCUUUUGAAUGAUAUAUGUAUUCUUAAAGCCAAGGUUGAUGUCCCACUAAAGAUUGAAGAUCAAGGGUCUAAUGUUUCUGUAACUAAGGAGUCCUCAAGGAAAGAACAUGAAGGGCCGGAACCAAAUGUGGAUCCUAUGCAAGCUCCAGACUCUUCACCAGCAACUAAGGCCACAUAUAUUGAGCUGAUACCUCCCUUGCAGGAUGCCCCAGGUUCUGACAACUCAGCAAUAAGCUCUACUGUCCCUUCUGUAGUCCAGGACGUUGCGGAAGUCCCAACCAACCCAACUGGCAAGCUUAUAGAUUUUAUGGGUUUUGGAAAGAUAGAGAGAGCUUUUGUUCCAUUGCUGGAGGAAGUUUGUUCAGUGCAUCCUUCAUUGAUUGAGUGCCAAAGAAGGAGAGGCCGUAGCAUAACACAAUGCGCAUUCCAAACUUUGGGUGAACUCUUGCACUUUCUGAAGACUACAAAGAUCAUGGAUAUGACUCAAGAGACCUGUGAGCACCUUCAAACUUUGUGGGAGGAUCUUGAGAUCUUCAAAUUUGACUUGGCUUGGCUUGAGCCUCACGUUCAAUCUGCUUUGGCUAUGAAGAAGCUUUUGGAAAAGGUAAGGAAGGUGAAAAGAAUGAGAGAAGAUGUGGAAGGCUUGGUUAAUGAACAUAAGAGGCGAACUCUUGCACUAGCUGUUACAGAGAUGGACCUGGAGGCAGCAAAGAAGGACUUGUCAAAGGAGGAAGAGGGCCUCGUUGAGAUAGAUAUGGAAACUGAACUAGGUUAUGGGAUGCCUUAGCCUUACUGUAGGAGUUUCUCUAGAUAUGAAUAGUAGGGCAGAUAUGUUUGACAUUGACAACUAGGUUAUGGAGGCCGUACCGUUAUGGUAGAUUUUAUGUUAAUAUCAGUUGCAGGACCAAUAUGUGUGGCACAUAUUUCAACUUUAUCGAUUAUAUUUUAGUGUUCUAAGAUACUAAUCUGUAGAAGGAUUCUGGCAUUGAUUCCCUGAUAUUAUGCCUCUGUUCAAGCCAUGUAUUUGAACUUACUUUUGUUCA